GGCGAAGUGCCUGCUGGGGCCGGGGCUGCGCGUCCGCGGUGGGGGCGGCGGUGAGGGCCGUGCAGGCCGUGCAGCUCUCCGCCCGUCGGCGCCGCCGCCGCUGCCGCCUCGCUGGGUGAGCGCGUCCCGCGCGCCGCGGCAUCAUGGGCCAGUGCGGCAUCACCUCCUCCAAGACGGUGCUGGUGUUUCUCAACCUCAUCUUCUGGGGGGCAGCUGGCAUCUUGUGCUAUGUGGGGGCCUAUGUCUUCAUCACUUACGAUGACUGUGACCACUUCUUUGGAGAUGUGUACACUCUCAUCCCUGCUGUAGUGAUCAUAGCUGUUGGAGCCCUGCUUUUCAUUAUUGGGCUCAUUGGCUGCUGUGCCACGAUCCGGGAAAGCCGCUGUGGACUUGCCACGUUUGUCAUCAUCCUACUCUUGGUUUUUGUCACAGAAGUUGUUGUAGUGGUUUUGGGAUACAUAUACAGAGCAAAGGUGGAAAAUGAGGUCGAUCGCAGGAUUCAGAAAGUGUAUAAGACCUACAAUGGAACCAACCCUGAUGCUGCUAGCAGGGCUAUUGAUUAUGUACAGAGACAGCUGCACUGUUGUGGAAUUCACAACUAUUCAGACUGGGAAAAUACCGACUGGUUCAAAGAAACCAAAAACCAUAGCGUCCCUCUGAGCUGCUGCAGGGAGACUGCCCGCAGCUGUAACGGCAGCCUGGCCCAGCCCUCCGACCUCUAUGCUGAGGGGUGUGAGGCUCUCGUUGUGAAGAAGCUCCAAGAAAUCAUGAUGCAUGUCAUCUGGGCAGCACUGGCAUUUGCGGCUAUUCAGCUGCUGGGCAUGCUGUGCGCGUGCGUCGUGCUGUGCAGGAGGAGCAGAGAUCCGGCGUAUGAGCUCCUCGUCACUGGCGGCACCUACGCGUAGCAGCACAUUCAAGCCUGAGCUUUUUUAUGGUCUUGUUCUGACUUGGAAGGUGAAGUGAGCAGGUCUGCUGCAGUUGGCCCGCAGAGGCCGUCUAGCUAAAGCACACACGCGCACACAGGUGCGGGGCAGAGCAGCGUGGCUCUUACAUGCCCACCUCUGACUUUUUCCCCCCUGUUCUAGCUGACUCUCCACGUCCCUGAGUUUUCAAGUAUGGCUGUAAAUGUUCUAAUUUUGGAACCAUAGUUGCAAAGUGUGGUAGAAUUAAAGGAGGACAGGGGCCUGCUUCUGUUCCCUCCAAGCAGUAACAGGACUGCUGCUGAGUGGCCGGGUCCUUUCAGUCUUCACAAUGGCAAACUCUUGGCCAAAGGUGUUUGGGUGGAGGGGACAGCUGUCUGCUUAAAGGUUAACACCAGAUGGUGCCCCUUUUGAGUGUCCUUUUAAAAAAUAUAUACUGUAGUCCAAUAAGAUAGCAACUGUACAGAAUGGCUAAAAUAGAUUUAGAAUCAUACAGUGUGUGUCUUGGCUCAUCUUCAAAAUCAGACUGAGCUUUGAAUAGCAGUUUCUAAUCAAAGCUGGCUUUAUAGGAGGAGUGUAAUGUAUGCACUGCUGUUUGAAAACAGUGUGAGUGUGUGUGUGGUGUAUGAUGAAGCCCAUUCAUCGUUUAAGUCUAAACUCAUUAGGAUUAAUGUAUCCAUGUAACCUAGCAAAAUAGUAUGUAGAUGUGAUCUCAGUUGUAAAUAGAAAAAAUCUAAUACAAUAAACUCUGUAUCACUCCUCAA